GCUCUCAUCUCGCGGACGCUCCUCGAGGAGCUUUCCCGCAAGCUCAGUAAGCGCCGCGAGCUCGCCGUGGCCGGGAGCGUCUCGCGGUUGUCACGCGUCGACAGAUAAAAUAUAAUCCCCCCUGCAUCCCAGACUUGUAUCCCGGCGACGAGACGCUCGCUAUUUCCCCAAGUUCCGGAACUUCGCGCGGGGGAAAAGUUUCGCGGAGAAAAGUCGCGAAUCGGCAAGUCGUGAUAUUCUCGCCGACGUUUGUUUUCCGCUGAACUUGCGGCGUGAUACACUUGGCGAUUUUCCGGAAAAUUACUUUUACGAAGACAUAGAAGAAUUACUUCAUUAAAUUCUAGACAAAAGUCGCAACUUUUUUUUAUUUGAGAAAGAAAAAGGGGGGACAAUUAAGUUCAUGUCUCGCAUUCCCCUUGCGUCGAACGGAUGCUUUGAUCAAAGAUAAAAGUUCGACUAUAUUCGAUGAAUAAGAGGUCUAGUUGCGCUAAGGGGCACUUCAACUUACUUCGCUAAGUUACGCUGAGAGGAUCCCGGAUCGAGGAAGCUAGCCCGUGAGGAAUUGCGAGGUAGCUUUCGGCGAGCUGACGUCAUCUAGAACAAACAAGUAGACUGAAGGUUCGCGGCGGGGAGAGCAUUAUGUCCCAAGGCUAAAGGAAAAGAAAGCGAAGGCGAAGCAGCAGCAGCUGGAGCAGGAAGCAGGGGGUUGGAAAAGGGAAAGGUGAAGAAAGAAAGAGAGGGAGAGAAGGUGAGAGAGAGAGAGAGAACGGAGGAGAGUAGAAAGACGUCAGAGGAAGCACUUCGUCGAAGACGAAGGACGAGAGGAGGAAGAGAGAGCUUGGAAGCUCGAGCCUCGGGGUUAUUACGACAGGCAAGUUAGACAGGCGAGAUAGGAUUUCGAUCGAGGUACUUCCGGGUGCCGGUGCUGGUGGUUAAGAGCCGAUUAAUGCGAUCGUCCCUAAUUAGCAGUCAGCUAUUUCGCAGUCGUAAUUCGCUUUUUCGCCUGACGAACCUGCGUGAUCGUGAAUAUCUAAUCGAGACGUCAUUGUCGUCGUCGUCGUCGUCGUUUUUUUGUCGGAGGAAGGGUGUGAAACCGAUCCCAUCUCGAUGCUGACUCAAGAUAUUUUCGGUAUCAUUCGGCAAUGAUGACGGGCGCAGCAUUUCCCAGAAACGUCUCCUCCGUGCUUGUUAUCGACUGAUUGAUCAGAGUUGACUGAUCGGGGAAGGAAUUGAUCCUACGCAUUAAUAGGACGAGGACGGACGAUGUUCGAUAAAGCGACGUAAGGAUCGCGCGUACCUGUCUCUCUUCGCUUUUCUUUCAUCGAGGAAGACGGAAGGAGAAGGAGCUGAAGAUGUGCUCGAGAUCGCUGCUACUGUGCGUCCUCGGCAUCAUCGCUGUCGUCAACGAAUCCGAAGCCAGCUGGGAGGAAUGGUGGACCUACGAUGGUAUUUCUGGACCUUCGUUUUGGGGUCUGAUAAAUCCGCAAUGGUCCCUCUGUACGAAAGGAAGACGGCAGAGUCCAAUCAACAUCGAGCCGGACAAGUUACUUUUCGAUCGUCACUUGAGACCGGUGCACGUCGACAAACACAGGAUUUCCGGACACUUACAUAAUACUGGGCAAUUCCUGGUAUUUAGAGCAGACAGAGAGGCGAAGAUACGGGUUAAUAUAACGGGUGGCCCGCUCGCCUAUCACUACCAGUUCGAAGAGAUAUAUAUUCACUACGGAAUGGACGACGGUCAUGGCUCUGAGCAUCGUAUUAAUAACUAUGCUUUUCCUGCUGAAAUACAAGUCUAUGGCUUUAACGCUGAACUGUAUCACAACAUGAGCGAGGCGCAGCAUAAAAGUCAGGGACUGGUGGCGAUCUCGUUAAUGGUGCAGCUCGGCGAGACGUUAAAUCCCGAGCUGCAGAUCAUCACCAGCGUGUUCAAUAAGGUCAUACAUCGGGGGGACACCGCACCCGUGCGCUACCUGUCCCUGAAAAGCCUUCUACCGGACACCACCGGUUACAUGACUUACGAGGGUAGUACAACGCACCCGGGUUGUUGGGAAACGGCGGUUUGGCUGAUCCUCAACAAACCAAUUUACAUCACGGCCCGAGAGCUGUACGCCCUAAGGAAAUUAAUGCAGGGCCCUUCCAGCACGCCGAAAGCCCCUCUCGGUAACAAUUCCAGACCGCUGCAGGGUCUUCAUUAUAGAACCGUACGAACAAAUAUCGAUUUUGCCAAGCGGGGAAACGCCAAGUGUCCGUCGAUGGCGCAGGACAUGCAUUAUAGAGAUGACUUUUUCCUUCCAGCCAACACGUGGCGGGAUGACGGUUCCCUAUCGCACAACGUAGUCUGAGGCCAUCCCGCGGCAGGACCACGAGAGGGGACUUUUCUUUAAAGAAGUGAGACGAAAUGAAUUCACAUGUGACGUGAAACAAAGGGGAACGAAGGAAGGAUCGAUGGAAAAUUUCUGAUGGGGGAACGAAGAAAUUGUGCCGUGGCUGUGUGAACAGAGACAGAACGUAAAUUUAUAAUACGGUUGUAAGUGGAAAACGCGAAAUGAAUAAUCGCGUAAUAGAAAUGGACGAACAGCUGUAACGUAACCGCCUAUGUCAUGCAGAAGUUACAUGUACAUAAUUAUCUGCAAAUUAUAUCACGCGUAAUUUGCAGAUAAGUUUACAACGUCAAUCAAGUUUUGUUUUAUUCUCUCCGAAGUAGCGAGGACAAAGUUGCGUGUUGCUACACAGCACUAACGUAAUUCUCGUAACACGAGUGAUCAAAGGAGCUUUAAGUGUCUUGUUGGGAUACAGAUUUUCGUUUAACGCUGUUUGUAAGUUUACGCAUUUGGAGGCUGUAACAGUUAUCAAGGAUGGGCGUAACUUAAAAUAAUACGUGUCAUUAUAAAUUUUACGGUGUGUAUAUACAUGUAUACACAUAUAUACAUAUGCAUAUAAUUUUGUAAAAUGGACAAUAGCACUUUCAGAUGACGGAUGAUUCCUAUAGCGACAAGAUAAGCGUUGUCUCUUAACGUAAGGGAACUUUUUUAAAAUGCCCAUCAUUGAUAAAAUCAAUCUGUUUUCACAUGAAAGACCGCGAGAAUAAAGUCACGUUCGCUUGAAUGGAUUAAUCCCGCUGCAAAUCAGUCGAGUUAUUUGACAGGUUUUUGUCAAUUACUUCGUAGCCAAUGGCGAUACGACGUGAACGAUGUAAAGCGAAAACCAUUACGAAACGGGGGUGGGAAAAUGGGAUGGGGGAAAUGAAGCGGAAGCGCGGGAAGAAGCGGGACGAUCGUGAUGGAUCUCGGUAGAAGAUACAGAAGAAGAAAUAGCCGGGUAUCUCGUUGGUGGAAGAGGCGGAGGAGAAGAGGCGGAGGAGCAAUUUCGUAAUAGCUCCGGGAUAGAGAGGAGUAGGAUAAUAAAGAAGGAAUGGUUCGGAAGAGGAAGAGAUUAGGAUGAAGUCAUGUGGUAGAUCAAUCGCGCGGAAGAGAACGCUGGCUCUCUCCGUUAGCUUAGCCGACGGACGAAUAAUCCGGCGCUUUUGUAUAUAAAAACACAGAAAAUGUACACGAACAGACAUUACCUAAAAAUAGACGUUAAGCAGCGCGGAAGGUGGAACUCUUAGGGAGGAAGGAAAGCGUGUGUAUAGAGAAUAAAGUUGUAUUAUACGAAAAAGUGAACGUUUAACAAUUGUGGUUAAUAACCAAAAACGGUAAUAAUAAAGGCGACGUUAUAUUGUACAGCAA